UGAACGAUCAUAGGCAAGGACGGUCUUCAGUUUUUUGUUUAAUUCAGUGGUCAAGUUGAAACAAGUUUGUUUCCUUCUCUCAACAGUUUUAUUUUUUCCUAUUUUCACAAGCAGCAACAACAGCAACAGCAAAAACAUGGCCAAGGACUUGAGCACUCUGGGCUGGGAUUAUCUGAUGUUUGUACUGUUUAUAGCCCUCACCGUUUUGGGCCCGUUGUGGAAACGCAUUUUUGGCAAAAAGAAGGAGCGCAGCAAGGCCGAUUAUGUUUUUGCCACUGGCGGAGUUUCGAUCGUAGCCGUGAUGAUUUCUAUAGCCCGAGGAACUUUGGGAGUGAGAUCUGUGCUGGGAUAUCCCAGUGAAUUGUACUAUCGCGGUUCAGCCAUGUGGGAGAUAAUCUAUGGCAUGAUGAGCGCCUACCCCAUCGUCUGCUUCAUGUUUGUGCCCGUCUACUUUAAUCUGGGCAUCACAUCCGUCUAUCAGUACAUCGAUCUGAGGUUUAAGAGUCGCACGGUGAGAUGCCUGGCAUCGGCAACGUACAUUGUUCGACAGAUCUGCAACCUGGGCAUCACCGUUUACACACCCAGCGUGGCCCUCUCGACGGUUAUUGGCAUACCCUACUGGGCCUCCAUUGUGGGCAUGGCCAUCAUUUGCAUAUUCUUCACCAUUAUGGGCGGCCUAAAGGCAGCUAUCAAUGCGGACGUCAUCCAAACAUUGACCAUCCUGGUUGUCACUGUGGCCGUUUGCAUCCAGGGAACUAUCUCUACAGGCGGCGUAAAGAAGGUCUACGAACUAAAUCGGGACAAUGGACGCCUCAAGUUCUGGAACUUCACGGGCGAUAUGACUGUCAGAGUGGAUACCACCUCGGCUUGGCUGGGGCAACUGUUCAUGUCCCUCUCACAGAUUGGCUGUCAACAGAACUUUAUGCAGCGCUAUGUUAGUCUUAAGUCGCUGAAACAGGUCCGACGAGUCAUGCUGACCAACGUGCCCUUGGUGUUCUUCUUUUUUUCGCUCUCCUGGAUCUCCGGAAUGGUCAUUUACUCCACGUACAUCAACUGUGAUCCUUAUGCCGAAGGAUACAUCAAGAAACCCGAUGAAAUUCUUCCCUUCUUUGUGGAAGAUCAGCUUGGCUUCCUGCCCGGCUUUGUGGGAAUUUUCAUGGCCACUCUUUUCAAUGGAGCUCUUUGCAUUAUGGUUUCUAAUCUAAACUCUUUGGCAACUGUUAUUUGGGAGGACUUCGUAUCACAGUUACCUAAAUUCAAAGGACUUUCUGAUAAACAACAGUUGGGAAUCCUGAAGACGAUCACUGUUGUCUGCGGAUUGAUUAUUAUGUGCGUUGCAUUUGGAGUUGGUUUGCUGGCGGGUGUCAUUGAAUCCUCGCUGCUGGUGUUCUCGGCUACCUCCGGCCCUCUGUUGGGCUGCUUUAUCUUGGCCAUGAUGGUUCCGAUUGCCAAUUGGAAAGGCACUUCUGCCGGCAUGGUCACCGCAUGCGCCUUUGUACUAUGGAUUAUCGGCGGUGGAAUGACUAUUACCAAGCACAAUCCCAUGUUACCCACCAGCACAGAUGUAAGCUAAACAGUUGAUUGAAGAUAAGCUAUCUCUAAUGUUUGUUUUCCUAUUUUCUGUAGGGCAUGCUCUAAUGAUACCUUCUCGCAAUCCAUUGGCAAGCCCAUUAUUGAACCAGGUCAAAUGCCAUGGCUAUUGACGCACACUCCUGUUGAUGGUUACAAUCAGAGCUUUGUUCCUACGCCACCCACCAUUGCACCUGAAAGAUCCGGACUGGAGAGCUUUUACUCGAUCAGCUUCAUGUACUACAGUUUGAUUGGAACCGCUUUGACCGUGAUCAUCGGCACAGUGAUCAGUUUGUUGACCCAGCAUCCCGAUGACGCUUACGACGGCAAGCUGCUGCAUCCUUUAAUCUUCCGACUGUGUGAGCGUUUCUCUGGCCGGAAACCGUACUACGUUAAACACGAAGAGGAGUCCGGUUUGAAUGGACGUAGUAGUAGCGAUUCCUCUGCCACGACAACGACGUGCAAGGAGGAGAAGGUCAAUCAUGGGUACGAGUCCUCGCCGGAGGAGAAAGAGAAGAGUAGUCCAAUAGCCGUGGUGUUCACCACAUCGGAGGGAAAGGGAUCCGCGGAUCAGCAGUCUAUAUGCGACAGCAGUAGGAUCCAAUUGGACAUUGUUCCAGGCGAAGGCGAGACGGGCGUGUAUCGUCAACUUGCUGGCCGAUCUGCGCUCUGAGGGUUAACUAUUAGGUAGACACAUAGUUAACCCCACCACUUAGUCUGUAGUCAGUAAGCUAAGGCUUAGAAUAGACCAAUUAGUUAGCCAAGUGUUUCACGUCUAUAAAGAUGCUGUGAUUUCUGUGCGCGACUUUUGUUGAGCAAUUGCUCGCGCAUUUGUAGCAACUCGAUUUUCAUUCGCAUGUACUUACCGCAUGAGUGUGUGCGUGGCAGCGUGCAAUAAAUAAAGACAAAUAAACGUAUUUUUAUAAAAAA